AUGGGUUUAUAUAAACUAUUUAGUACUAAUGUCGAAAUACAGUACAAAAGCUGUUUACUAUCAAAAGCUACGCUAUUCACAUUGAUAACUACACUGCUUACUAUUAUAUUGCCCUUUCUUAUUGCUCACAGAAGUAGAGGAUUUUGGCUUAGGACACAUAAUUUUUAUGAGCAUCCAGUUAUACACUAUCCAUAUGAGUACAUAUUAGUAGCAGAAACUGAUGAUCCCAGUCAGCCCAUUGUAUGUAGUGAAGCUGCUGUGUUGAAUCAAGAAAUAUUUGUUGGAGAAGAAAAUUGUGUAGAAAUUCAGGCUCAGGAAUAUGAUUUUAAUGAUGAUGGCAAAGCUGAUGCUUUAGAAUUCAAUUUCCACCUUAUGAUACCUCAAGAAAGGACUAUCUCAUCUGUGAUAGCAAUGUUAGCUUUAGAUUUUCAAUUGGAGACAGUCUGUCCACUUCACAUGCAAAGCCUGGCCUUUAUCCAGAAAUCAUUUACAGUGCCUCCCUCGGGACUAAAAUAUUAUGGAGAUAUUGAGUUCUAUCAAACUGUUCACUUACCCUGUCUUCGUAAUAUUGUUGACAAAAAGUAUAACAGCUCUUUGAUGAGUUAUUUUAGAAGCAGUAGUGAGAACAUUGUAGACUUUAUUAUGGUGAACUACUUCCAAAGAGAUAUAACAACCCAAUUGAAAACUCUAUACUCCAGAAGUCAGAAUGGGCAUACAGGUACCAUGAAGAUUGAUUUAUAUUUAAGGAUUCCUGAAAUGAAAAUAAGGUAUACUCCCAAUUUAUUGCAAGAAUUGAAAUGGGCAUGGCCUCAAUACUUAUCUCUUGUAAUAAUAUUCUAUUGGAUCUUCAAUAGGAUCAAGAUGUUUGUAUUCAAUAACCGACUUCUGAUGGCUUGGGAAGUAGUGCCAUGGAAAAAACAGUGA